GCGGCCAUCGCGAAGUGAACCCGAGUGAGCGAUAAAUAUGGUUAGAGGUGUAAGAGAGUAGUAAAUUUGUGAGGGUGUGGUGUUAGUAAAUAUGCAUUUUAUGAAAGUAGGAUAGAUACUAUGUGCUCUAGGCAAACUUAGGAUAUUAAUAAAAUGGCAGUUACUAGUGGAUAUGAUCGUGGAUAUAUAGGUGGCUGUCUGCCGGUAGAUGGGGUGCCGGAUAUGACUGUCAUCAGUGAUAUUGAUGAGCAGGGCAUAAAUACAAAUUUAAAGACACGGUACCGGAGAGAUGACAUUUACACCUAUACUGGCACAAUUUUAGUUGCAGUGAACCCAUACAAAGAGCUGCCGAUUUAUGAAACGAAUUGGGUGUUGCAAUACAGUGGUAAAAAGAUUGGCCAGCAAGAUCCCCAUGUGUUUGCCAUUGCUGAAGCUGCUUACAAUAGUCUCCAAACUUUAGAUGAGAACCAAGCUUGUGUGAUAAGCGGUGAAAGUGGUGCGGGAAAGACUGAAACUACGAAGUUUAUCCUUCAAUAUCUAUGUACUGUGACAACAAAUGUAUCAACGUGGAUCGAGCAGCAGAUCUUAGAAGCCAACACUAUAUUAGAAGCAUUCGGCAAUGCAAAAACUGUUAGAAAUGACAACUCCAGUCGGUUUGGUAAAUUUAUUCAAGUGUGUUUUGACGCGAGGUACCAAAUCAAAGGAUGCAUCAUUCAAGAUUACUUACUCGAACAAUCUCGAAUUACAUUCCAGUCACCGGGUGAAAGGAAUUACCACGUGUUCUACCAACUUGUUGCUGGUGCACAACGUAAUAGGGACUUAAGAGAACAAUUCAUGAUUGGCAGUGCCGAAUCCUAUACUUACCUCAACCAAAGCAACUGUUUCAAAAUUGAAGGUGUUGAAGAUGCUUCAAUGUUUGAUGCUCUUAGACUCGCAAUGUCAGUGCUUAAUGUGCCAACUGAAAUGUGUGAUGGCAUUUUUAGUGUACUUAGUUCUAUUUUGUGGCUUGGAAAUCUCAAUUUCCAGGAUGUGGACGGUGAAAAAAGUAGUUUAACGGCAGAUGACCAAGAAAUUGUCAUGACUGUUGCCACUCUUCUAGGACUAAUGCCAGACGAAUUAACUCAGGUUUCCCUCCAAAGGCAGAUAAACGUCCGUGGUAAUGUUACUGAAAUACCUUUGAAACUUAGUGAGGCACGGGAAAAUAGGCAUGCUAUGGCAAAAGCUCUGUACUCUCGUACGUUUGCAUGGAUAGUCAAUUACAUAAACACUUGUACAAAUCCUGGCCAAGAUAGUGAACGAUUUUUAGGUGUUCUCGAUAUUUUUGGUUUUGAGAACUUUCAUGUAAAUAGCUUUGAACAACUCUGCAUAAAUUACACAAAUGAGAAACUCCAUAAAUUUUUUAACCACUAUGUUUUUGCCUUGGAACAACAAAUUUAUCAAGAAGAAGGAAUUGUUUAUGAUCACAUUACAUUUACAGAUAAUACUCCAUGCUUAGAACUGUUGGAAAAACCUCCUAAAUGUGUUUUGAGAUUACUUUCUGAAGAAUGUCGAAUGCCUGGGGGUACUGAUUUGACAUAUGUUACAAAGCUACACCAGGAAUUUGAUGGGCUAAAAAACUAUGUUAAAGGUGAUGACAGGCGACGUUGGGAAUCUGAGUUUGCGAUUAAGCAUUAUGCUGGAGAUGUUGUAUAUGCAAUAACAGGAUUCCUUGAAAAAAAUAAGGAUGCUCAACAGGAUCAGUUUUUUGAACUUAUGCAAAAAUCCUGUAAUUCAUUUGUUCAAGAGCUUACUAAAUUUCAGGAUCUGUUGAGUGUAACAGUUAACAGAUUGAAAACACCAGCUACAAUAUCUCGAACCAUGACAAAGGGGAAACCUACUGUAGCUGAUGCUUUUCGCCAUCAACUCACUGCCCUUGUUGAUUUGCUGCACUCUACUAAUCCAUGGUAUGUGAGGUGUAUAAAACCAAAUACUAAGAAAGCCGCCAACAACUAUGAUGAAACUCAAGUCUUGACCCAGCUGCGCUAUCUUGGAAUGAUAGAUAUUAUUCGUAUAAGGAAAGAAGGUUUUCCAAUUCAUACUACUUUUAAAGAAUUUCUUCUAAGGUAUCGAUGCUUAGUAAGAAAAAGGAAAAUACCCGAUGAUCAGAUUCAGGCUGUCCGAUCUAUACUUUCUAUGAUGAAUUUUCCCACUACUGAAUGGCAACUUGGUAAAACGAAAGUAUUUUUAAGAGGAAGUAUUUAUGAGCCUCUUGAAGAUCAAAGAAAAACGCUAAUGGUGGAAAUGUCUAUCAUUGUACAAAAAAUAUGGAGGGGCUAUGUUUGUCGAAAAUUUUUCCAAAGGCAUAGAAAUGCAGCCAUAACAAUACAAAGUUUCUUCAGGGGGCAUCAGCAAAGAAUUCAUUACAUGCAUUGGAGACGAGCUGCUAUCACAAUUCAGGCUUAUGUCCGUGGCAUGUUUGCUAGGGAAGUAGCUUCAGCUCUGCGAGAAAUGAGAAGGGUAGAAGAAGAAAUGAGAAGAAAAGAACAAGAAGAGGAAGAAAGAAAGAGACAGGAGCAGGAAAGAUUGGAAAUGGAGGAACAAGAAAGAGCUCUUCUUGAAGAACAAAUUAUACUGCAGCUAAGAGAAGAUGGAGGGGCUACACAGAAAGAGUUGGCUGCUAUAGCUUCGUUGGUGGAGCACAAUGUCAAGCGAGCACAGGAGGCUUCUGAAUGCUUAGAUUUGGAUGAGAUGUUUUCUUUCCUUAGUGAUGUUCAAGAAACCAAACCUAAUGUACAAGACUUUGUGUCUGAAAUCGGGCAACAAAUGGAGGCCCUUCUUCAAGAUGUUGAAGAGGAGGAUAACAAUAGUCUAAUAUCUGCAGAAGAUCAGGUGAGGACUCCAGAAGCUUCACCUAGUCCUCUGCCUCCACCAAAUCUCUCUAGUCCUAUCACACCUGCUGCACCAUAUUCUCCUAUAGGGUCUCCAACUGUUGCUUCAGACAAAGGUGAUUCCCCAUCCCCUUUACCACCACCUAUGUCUCCACUAGGAUUAGUAAAUGGAAACGCACAGCGAUCCCCAUCAACAGCAAGAAAAACUGUUCAGUCACCUUCACAAGGAAUGCCUAAUAGGGAUCGACAUACAUCUGGACGAGCUACACCUGAAGAUGGUCAAAUGAAAGGAAAUAAGCGGAUGCAUAUGGUUGAUCCUGAUAAUCCAGAGAGAGAACUAAGGGAAGAUGGUCAAAUGAAAGGAAAUAAGCGGAUGCAUAUGGUUGAUCCUGAUAAUCCGGAGAGAGAACUAAGGCGAAAACAGCGUGUUGAGAAGAGGCUGAUUGAGAGGGAGGCCGAAGAAAAAGUAAAUGGUGAUGAGGAUGACAACUAUUUCGAUAUGAUUGAGUUUGCAGAGAAAUAUUUUAACUGUCAUAUGAGGGAACACGGAGGAACAGUUAUGCGUACUCUCACCAGGAGGCGAAAGUCUUCCGGUGAUAUGAUUCCCAAGUAUGAAAUGGUUACUUUCACUCGCAAUAGCUCCAUACCCACCUCUCAUGUACAUAUGUAUGAUCCUGAAAAUAUCCAACUUUCUUGUACUAUUUUCAAGGAUGUAUGCCGUUAUCUUCGUGGGGACCAUAAAGCAGCUGAAGCAGAAGUUCAAGCUAUUCAGUCUAUUGUGGGCUAUGGCAUUGAUCGAGAAGAACUAAGAGAUGAAAUAUUGGUUCAACUCGUGCGCCAGUCUACUAACAACCCUUGCCGGGAAUCUACCAUCCGAGCUUGGCUUUUGAUGGCAUUGUGUGUGGUGGCUUUUUACCCGAGUAAAACUUUUAACAAGUAUUACAAUAGUUUUUUGAGGAAAAAUCUUCGAGGAGAUAAUACUAUUGCAAGAUAUGCUCAGUGGUGUUUAGAUCACAUUCAUAGCACUAAAGUUACCCCUCGAAAAAUGCCUCCAUCUUCCUUAGAAAUUAGUGCUGUACGAAAUCUUGGUAACUUAGUCUGCAGAUUUUAUUUCAUGGAUGGACGAACAAAAGCUAUCGAUGUUCAGCCUUCAGAUACUGCAAUGGAUGCCAUGCAACAGCUAGCUAUUAAAACAGGAUUGCGAAGUUUAGAUGGCUGGGCUCUCUAUGAGAGUACUCCUGAGUAUGAACAUGUUAUUAAAGGAUAUGAAUACCUUGCAGACAUUAUUUCUAAUUGGGAAUUGUUGAUUUAUCCCACUGACGGUUUAGCAAAAGGAUAUGCUGAAGUUGGUAACUUCUUAUGCACCAGAAUAAGAAACAAAAGAAGGGAUGUUGAUUGGAUACCUGACUUAUCUGAAGCUCACAAAAUUUAUGGCAGUGGAAAAUCUGAGCUUGUGGCUAAAGUUUGGUAUCUAUCGGUAGUUAUGCAGUAUCCAUUAUAUGGAACAACCCUGUUUCCAGUUACUUACAAGGGCUACUUAUCUUAUGGUCAUAAGCUGUUACUAGGCGUAAGUGCUGAAGGAAUAUUGAUGGUCAAUAUAUCAGACAAAGGCAUUUUGAAUGCUUAUAGAUAUUGUGAUGUUGAAUCUGUGAUGGUUGAUCCAAGUGAUGACCUAGUGACCAUAAACCUUUUGAAAACCCUACCAGACUCACACAAAUGCUUUAUAUUUGAAACUAGUCAAAAGAAUGAAGUUGCUAAUUUAAUAGCCAGCUAUUCACCUGCACAUGCAAAUUGGUUACGACCCACCUAUGAAUUGGGAUGGAGGGUAAAAUUGACUUUUGAAGACAGGCAAAAGUUGUAUCAAGAUGUCGUGAAUUGUAGAAGAGCUCUUGUAGAUAUGUCACUAGUUCGGAAACCUGUAGAAGAAAAUGUUGGUUUAUUCCGCAGCACUCUAAGGAGGUUUAAUAGAGGAAAAAUGGAGAAAUUGCGUCAAGACUUUGGUGAUAUUGAAGAGAGCUACAAGUCAUUUAGGCACAGUCAUUGGGCUUUCAGUAAAGUAGCAUUAAAUCACAGUCUCAGCAAUAUAAAUGAUCCUGAAGAUGAAGAUACUGCUUUGCAUGUAUUCUCAUCAAUACUCGCUUAUUCUGGAUUGCUGGAGCAAGAGGAUGCAGAAUGGUUAGGAGAAAGGGACCACCUUCAACUUGCUCAAUCUGUUCUGGAUCGAUCUAUGAAAAAGGAAGUUCUAAUAAAUGAAUUAUUUUUACAACUUAUAAAACAAACUACAGAUCAUCCAGAUGCGAAUAGCAGAGUGAACUUGAGACACUGGCAAUUGAUGGCUCUGGCAUGUAGUGUUGCUGCCCCGACGGAUAGGCUUAUAAUAAGUUAUCUUCAUGCCCAUGUAAGGCGAUGUUCGAUUGAUGAAGUAACCGAAGAAGGGCAGUAUGCACAGUUCUCACUCAGGUGCCUCAUGAGGUCUCUUGAGACACAUGGUAGGCGUUGGCCACCAUCUAAGCAAGAGAUAGGGUGCACCAUCAGCAGGAGGCCCGUGCAUGCUAGAAUAUAUUUUCUAGAUGGACAAUUCCAGCCUGUUGAGUUUGACCCAUGUGCCUCAAUGGGAGAGGUUAUGGAAAUGGUGCGAGCCAAAAUUGAUUUACGCCCUAGAGUUGAAGGUUAUGCUCUGUAUGAAGUCAUAGGAAACAACGAAAGAGCUUUGUUACCUGAUGAAAAAAUUUGUGAUACCAUGGCCAAAUGGGAGAGAUAUCAGGAAGGUCAGAGUAAAGUGACUGCUAAUCGAAAACAGCAUUUCUUUUUAUUCAAAAAACAUUUGUUCCUGGAUGCCUACAUUGACUUUUCUGAUCGAGUAGAGAAAGAGCUGAUCUACCAUCAAAUUGUUCAUAACAUUCGACAUGACAGAUUCCCAGUAACUGAGCAAGAAGCUGUUAUGUUAUGUGCUCUAAAAGCGCAACUAGAUGUUGGUGAUUGUCAGCAAGGCACUUUAGAUUAUAAGAGAGUUAUGUGUGAAUGUCUACCACCUAGAAUAAUGAUGCAGAUAUCUCCUGAGGCUGUUGAAACGCAACAUCGUAUUUUGACUGGGAUGGAUGUGGAUCAAAGCAAGGCUGGUUUCCUUAUGUUGGUCCAAUCUUGGCCUCUUUACAGAGCAACAAUUUUUGAAGUCAUGCAAUCUUAUACGUCUUCUUGGCCAAAAGCCUUGUGGUUGGCUGUGGAUCAAGUAGGAAUUCAUCUAUUGGAGUUAAGGUCAAGGAAUGUCUUGUGCACGUGUGAAUAUGAAAGCAUUAUAAAUUACAGUCCUUCUUUAAAUAGCCUUAUGAUUGUUACUGGUACUGGAAGGAAAGGCUCAAAAUAUAUCUUUUCCACUAACCAGGCCACCCAAAUAGCCCACCUGAUUAAAGAUUAUACAAACGUACUUGCCAUGAAGAGGAAGCCAGUUGAAGUGGCCAGACGAAGAAGAACACAAGAGUUGCAAGACGCAGCUGCUCACAAAAGCCAUCGUCCUGUCAGCAUCCUGUACAAGCCUCCACCACCUCUGGUCAACAAUGAACCUGUUUGAGAACUCCAAACAAAACAGACAAUGUGGAAAGGAGUGCCUUGAAUUCAAAAACAUCUUCGUCAAGGACUACAUAAAAGAUUUGACUGAUUUCUCUUCCCCCAUAUAUCAAAUAUGAUAUUGAGUUUUCAUUUAUCUUAAGAGUGUUUGUAUUCGAUAAUGUUUUAAUGUUGGA